AAAAGGCUAUCAACGUGGCUGGUUUUCAAAAAUUACACAAAAACCAAUCAAAAUCCAGACAGAGAUUCGGAUUCCCCCGUAGAAGAGAAGAAGGGAUUGUGUUCCUCUGGUUUCUGAAGAAGCAGCUACCACUCCAGACUCUCGCAUUCGCACCCGGAAGUUGGUUUCUUUUGUAAUCCGGAUAUUGGGUUUGUUCAGGGAAUAUUUUUGAGUCGGAUUGUUGCGGUUUUUUUAAAGUUCGGGUUUCACUAUCGGGGGACCAGGUUCCGGUCUCUCCGGUGGCGGAAAUGAGCGUUGGGGGGCCAUGGCGAUUAACGCGACGUUGCCUUACCAUUCUAUAUCCGGUGAUUCCGGCUCCCCUGCUGUGAAGAACCCAGGUUGCCGAUCCCCGCUCUCUCCUAAUCGAGCGAGGAAUCGACGAUGGCGUCAGAGUCGUACGGCCACCGCUGUGGUGGCGGUGGCGGCUCUUCUUCUCUCCACCACGGCCUGGCUCUCGCUUGUGUUUUCCGACACCACUGCCCAUUGUUGGCAUCGUUUUAAGCAUUGGGAGGGUAGCCCUAACCGUCUCCCCUGGAUCAGAAAUCAACAUCAUUUGCCUUCUUUUAAUCGUCGGAUCCCUAUUGCGACUCCCUUGCCUCGCAAUCGCAGCCUGUCUGAAGGGGAGUUACGGGAGGAGUUGUCGCUGAAGCAUAUAGUAUUUGGGAUUGCUGGAUCGUCGCGGCUGUGGAAGCGGCGCAAGGAAUUUGUGAGGUUGUGGUGGCGUUCGAAGGACAUGCGUGGCCACGUCUGGUUGGACGAGGAAGUGCCUCUCGAGAACGGUGAUGACUCGCUGCCCCCUGUCAUGGUCUCAGAGGACACUGCCCGGUUUCGCUACACCAACCCGACGGGUCACCCUUCGGGGCUCCGGAUAUCUCGCAUUAUCUCCGAGUCAUUUCGUCUAGAAUUGCCUUACGUUCGUUGGUUCGUCCUUGGGGACGACGACACCAUCUUCAAUGCGGAUAAUCUGGUGGCUGUUUUAAGUAAGUAUGAUCCAUCUGAGAUGAUGUAUAUUGGUGGAUCGUCUGAGAGUCACUCUGCCAACACCUACUUCAGUCACUCAAUGGCGUUUGGGGGUGGUGGGAUUGCCAUCAGCCACCCACUGGCCGAGGCGCUGUUCAAUAUCCAGGACGAAUGUAAUGAGAGGUACCCAAAGUUCUAUGGAAGUGAUGAUAGACUUCAUGCCUGCAUUUCUGAGAUUGGCAUUCCUCUCACCAGAGAACAUGGUUUCCACCAGUGGGACAUUAGGCGUAAUGCACAUGGUCUUCUAUCUUCUCACCCUAUUGCACCCUUUGUCUCAAUUCACCAUAUCGAGGCUGUUGAUCCUUUCUAUCCUGGCUUGAGCUCUUUGGACAGCUUAAAACUCUUCACAAAAGCUAUGAAAAUUGAACCCAGGAGCUUUUUGCAGCGAUCUAUUUGUUAUGAUCACGCACGGGGUUUAACAUUUUCUGUCUCCCUUGGUUAUGUAGUUCAAGUGUUCCCAAGCAUUGUUCUUCCCCGUGAGUUGGAGCGCUCAGAGAAGACUUUCUCUGCUUGGAACAAGAUCAAUCAGCAGAAAGAAUUUGAUUUUGACACCAGGGAUCCUUACAAAUCUGUUUGUAAAAGGCCCAUCCUCUUUUUCUUGAAAGAUGUAAAAAGAGAACACAAUGCUACAGUGGGUUCAUAUGUGCGGGCUGGAGGCAAUGAUUUAAAAAGAAAAGUUUUCUGCUUUCCACGUUCACCUCCUUUGCCUCAUGUGCAAAGUAUCAAGGUUAUUGGGUAUCCUCUGAGGAAGAAUUGGCAUUUGGGACCACGUCGACUAUGUUGCAAACAAAAUCAAACUAGUGAUGAACACCUCAUGUUAAUAGUUGGACAGUGUGCCAAAGGCUCUUUCACUUCUGUUGUUAAUGCUGUGUGAAGGUUUGGUGGAUUGUUGGCACUUACAAUUAUUUUGAGCUGCAUGCGACUUUGAAGGAGAGAGGAGAGCAUCAACUAUUUUAUGUUCUCCAUUCUUUAGCAACUGACUUCAUCCAUGUUGUAACUGUUGUUUAUCAAUUGACAUUCAGCAUUUUAGAAGCCUAUGCUUACAGAUUGUGGAAAUGAGGGGGCCUUAUCACGAGCAUUUGGGUAGAGCACGCAGACCUUUAGCUAAUUCUUUGCCUUCUUUUUUGUACAGAAGGUAAAUAAUUAUACUAACUUUCGGAAAUUGCUGGCGAACUGAAAGCAGAGUUCUUCUUUUUUACCCCUACCCCUUGGCAUCUGUUUCUGUAUUUUUUUUAAUGUUCAUAGCCUAUGACAUCAUUUAUUCUAUAUAUUAAUUUUUAACCUUGACAAUUGUUUCCUUGUAUCACUUCUGAAAUGCUUAUUAGUUGAAGAAAGAGAGGAAAAACAUGAAUGCAUAUUUGAGGCAGGAAA